UCAGGGUUGUACUAACUGGCAUUCGCGGCACGCCGUACACCACCUACGGACAUCGCCGCGAAUCCCUGGCCAAUAGAACCGGGCCAUUAUUCGGGCUAGUGUCUUAUCCACUUAUCCAAGUGUCUGGCCAUGGGAUUAAAGUGAGCCGCCUGGAAUACAAGUUCCUGGCGGCUUUUUGGGAUUAAAAGCUGAGUUAUCGGUUCUUUAGUCUGAGUGUCCUGUGUCACUCGGUAUAACCUAUCCUUCAUAAUGGAGAAAUAGGGGAAGGACGGUGUGACGUUUGGCUGGAGCAUUUGACCAUGGAUUACUCUCACUAGGUUAAACGCAUGCCGCAGAGUCUUGUCUCGCAACUGCUCUAACAGGAAAUCCACGAGGGAUUCCCCGAGAGAGGGAGGAGGAGCCUGCUGCUUCUCACUCUGACGCAGUGAUGACGUAGACGGCUCUGUGACAGCUACUCCCGCCAAUGCCACACUGGGACCUCCCCCCGCUAAACUAUGGCAGGCCCCACUCUUCACUAAAUGAGUCAUUAAUUCCCCAAGUCCUGGCCAAUCAGUCCCCAUAAUUAUCGAGUGGGUAAGGCGAGGAUUAACCUCUGCCUUUACUCUAAAUUUCUCUCCUCGAAAUAGAAUGUGGACCGACACUAAAGGGUAGUUGUGAACAUUCCCGUGCACACACAACACUUUCACCAAUUGUGCUUUCCCCAAUGCCUCAUCUUGCACCAGGCUUUGGUGGAUUGAGGUCUGAUUACAGCUGGAGUCCACCAAAGCCUGAUACGUAUCCCCUUGGAUACUCACCGGUAUGUGAUACGCUCCGGCCUGAUCGAGGGCAGUCUCUGGCGCAUCGGGGAUCCGGACCACCGCGCCCACCUCCACUGCCGAGCACUGAUGCUGGAGGUGCCCCAGCUCCCCGCAGUGCCAGCAUACCGGCCCAGGCUCUCCCUCUGCACCGGUGUUCCGGAGCUCACUCCCCUGAGGGGGGGAAGACACAGACAUGGAAGUAGGAAACAGUAGGGCACCGUGGGUGUGGCGGACUGGCUGGGGUGGAGCCAGCCCCCGCCUCCGUGAUGGGGGAAUGGGGCGAGGACGAGGAACAGAGGGAGAGGGAAAGAGAGAAGAUAGGGGAGAAGAGGGGACACGCCGUCCUGCCGUCGGAACAGCCGCCAUAUGGUCCUCCGCCAGCUCGAUGGCCCGAUCCAGCAACACCGGGCGAUGGCACUGGACCCACUCCGUGGUUCCUUAUGGAAGUCAGGCGACGAAUUGUUCCAGCGCCACCAGGUCGAUGAUUCCCUCGGCAUCGUGGUUGUCGGCCCUCAGCCACCGCCGGCAGGCAUCCCGGAGCUGCUGGCCAAACGUGAACGGCCGGCCAACCUCCUCCAAGUGCAGCGUGCGGAAGCGCUGCCACUGCUGUUCCGGUGUGCGUCCCACACAUUGGAGGUCGGCGUAGACCAGCCGGCUGUCGGCAGGGAGCUGUAGCGCAGCCAGCUGCGCCUUGCCCGUUAGUAGGGGGAGGAGGCAUGCCGCGCACUGCUCCACUGGCCAACCCCACGCCUCUGCUGCCUGCUCAAAAAUAGCGAGGAAGGCUUCGGGGUCGUCCUGCGGGCCCAUCUUCGUUAGGGUGAGGUAGGGAGGGUCCACGCCGGUGGUGAGGGCGGACCCCGCUGACGCGAGCAGGUGCUGGAACGCCUGGCGAUCUUCCUGCUGCGCCAGCACCAGGGCUUUGAACCAUUGUUCUUGCUCCUUCCGGAGGGCAACCAGCGCCUGGUGCUGGCUCUGUUGGGCCGUGGCGAGUGCAUGGACCAGGUCCUUGAAGUGGGAGGACUCCAUGGAGCUGUUCUCUUCCUUACUCCAAGUCCCGGGUUUCGGCACCACUGUAGCAAGAGUUCUAGGGUCCUGCUGACGAUAAUUCGCAGUGUAGCUGGCUACCAAAGCAAGACAGUUCGUUUCCUCCAGGUGGCAUUUGACACUACUGGAGAGGCAUUUCUUGCCGGUGAUCAUCAUGGGAAUAUCUACAUGUUUGAUAUUAGCAGAAACAGAUUUAAGCUGGUGCAGAAAACGGGACAAGCAUGCACAGCCCUGUCUUUCAACCUGCGCAGAACGACAGAGUAUCUAGUUGCCCUUUCUGAUUAUUCCAUCAAGUGCUACGACAAAGAGACUAAACAGUUGGUGAGCUGGAUGAGGGGUCAUGAGGGUGCCGUGUCUUCUCUGUCAGUCCAUGGUUCAGGGCGCUAUGCCAUCAGCACCUCCUCAGACACGGCUCAGCUCUGGGACUUGGACACGUUUCAGAGGAAGAGGAAACUCAACGUGCGCCACUCUGUGGGAAUACAAAAGGUGUUUUUUCUCCCACUGGGUAACACCAUUCUGAGCUGUUUUACUGACGACUCCAUCUUCGCUUGGGAAAGCGACACGCUGUUUUGCAAAUAUCAGCUACCAGUUCCACAGGAUGGACCCCGGAUACACUACAAGGCAUUUGCUGUCACACAAGAUGGAAAGACACUGGCUGCAGCUGGACGCUCCAACCUCAUUCAUUUGUGGAGUUUGGGCAGUCAACAGCUCUUGAGAAUAAUACAGAUGCCACAAGAAGUGCGGACUGUGAGGCACCUUGAUUUCCUGCCAGACAGUUUUGAUGGAGGAUCCAGCCAGAUCCUGGGUGUUUUGAGCCAGGACGGCCUCAUGCGCUUUAUCAACAUUCAGACCUGCAAGCAGCUCUUUGAAAUCGGCUCUCCUGAUGAUGCAAUUAGCUCGGCUGCUGUUUGUCCUAAAGGCCGCCACGUUGUAGCAGUGAUGGACUGUGGUGCUCUGAGAGUAUACAACAUGCAGGCUCUCACUCAAGAAAUCAACAAGCCUCCGCAGUCGUUGGUGAAAAUGGUAACUGCAGGAAAGAAAACUGACACUUCCUGCUUAAAGAUGAAGGUGCAGACUGGAGCUGUACUGCGCCCAGCCAAAACAUCUGCUCGCAAACUGCGCAACAAAACUCUGCGGCAUCCAGCUGUUUCCACACUGGAGAACAAAGAGAAUGAUUUGCCCGGUGGCCUUAAUAAGAAGCGACUUCAGUCAUUACUGAGAACAUUUGGAGAGUAUCCCGCUAAGUACAGGAUGUUCAUUUGGCGUUCUCUGCUGCAGCUUCCUGAAAAUCAUGCCGUAUUCAGCAGUCUAACUGAUAAAGGCCUGCAUUCUGCUUAUGUGUGUCUGCAUGAGCGCUACCCAAUCAAGAGCCACAGACUGCAGAGAGGACUGCAGAGGGUCCUGUCUGCUCUGGCUCACUGGUCAGCCAUUUUUGGAGAAACGGAGUAUCUCCCGCUGCUGGCGUUUCCAUUUGUCAAGCUCUUUCAGAACAAUCCUCUCAUCUGCUUUGAAGUUGUGGCUACGGUCAUUGUGAACUGGUGCCAGCAUUGGUUCGAGUACUUCCCCAACCCCCCGCUCAACAUUCUGAGCAUGGUAGAGAACGUACUGGCUUGUCAUGACAAAGAGCUGCUGCGUCAUUUUGUUGACUGUGGUGUCACUUCCCAGCUAUAUGUGUGGCCUCUGCUAGAAACCCUGUUCUCCGAGGUGCUGACCAGAGACGAAUGGUUGAAGCUGUUUGAUAAUGUUUUCUCCAAUCAUCCAUCCUUCCUCCUGAUGGCUGUAGUGGCCUAUGUGACCUGCUGCAGAGCGCCGUUACUUCUCUGCACUCACAGGGAUGACUUUGAGUACUUCUUCCAUCAUCGUAACAAUAUUGACUUGAGUGCUAUGCUAAAGGAGACAUAUCGGUUGAUGGAGCUGACCCCAGCAGACCUGCACCCGAGUUCCAUGCUGAAUGACUUUGAGCCUCUGACGCCUGGUCAGUAUCCAAUCUUCAAUAAGUACCCCACGUUCAUAGUGGAGUACCAGUGCCAGGAGCGGGAGCGAAUCCGCCAGCAAGAAGUGGAAUAUCUCCGGGAGAGACAGGCGCUUCAGGAGCUACGUGCUGAGGCAGUGAGACAGCAGGCUGAGGAUGAAGCCUGGUACACACAACAGGAGCUGCUCCAGCAGGCUGAGGAACAACGUCGAAGGAUCCUGCAAGAGGAAGAGAACAAACUCGCCCGUCAGAGAACCAGGUUGGCAGCUAUGAAACGAGAGUUAAAGGUGAAAGAGCUCGCAUUGCUUGAUGCUGCCAGGAUGCGUUUCCUCAAACACCAACAGAAUCAGCGCAAGAUGGAGCUCAGUCGGCUGGACGAUGAGAUCCAGAGAAAGAUGGCAUUGCGAGAGCAGGAGACUGCUAUGGCUGUGCAAGAUAUGGAAGUAAGACAGAUGGAGCUGGAUGCACAAAGAAGAUUGUUUGAGCAGCAAUUGGCUAAAGAACAAGAACGUGUGAGCAAAGAAGUGAAAACAGAAGUGGAUGCCUGGCGAAGAAGAGCUGAGAUGGAAGACUCUGCCUUUCAUAACCUCCUUCAGACAGACGGUGAUCUCGGCCAGGAAACCAGAAGGGUGCUGGAGGAGUCUCUAGCAGAAGUGGGACAACUGGAUGUGGAUGCUGAAUGGCAGACAGAAGUGAUCGGGCGAUUAAAGAUGGCAGAGGAAGAGCAGGAGAAGCAGAGACAGCAGCUGGCCAAACUGAGCCGUGAAACCCAUGCCAAGGAAGAGCAGCUUGUUCAGAUGAUGAUGGAAGUGGAGGGCAAGCAUUGGAAUGAUGUAAUGGCUAAGCAGGCCAUGCUGCAUGAGGAAAGGCAAGUGACAACUACUGCAGGUGGCCAGCAGAAGUCACUCUGCUCCCAGCAUAUAGAUGAGAUCAUGCGGCACCAGGACACACUGAGGAGGAGUCAAGAAGAGUCCUUGAAUCUGCAGCGGGAAAGAAGGCUUCGCCCUCAAUGUUCAACACGAGGACUUUUGCAAAAGCCAAAUAGUCCACAGGCUGAUACCGAUACUGUCUGUCUGAACAACCAGUCUCCUUCAGAUAACUCCACAUGCUUUUCUCUAGAACGUGGUCGAGGUAGGUUGGACCGUGAGGAGAGGGAGUUGCUGCAAGAAGUCCGAGAGCUCCGAAAGAAGCUGGCAGCUAGAGCUCAAUCUGCAGACUACACUCUGUACUCUGCCAGUUCCCAUCACUCCCAGGGACCAGGACAGUAGUACCAGGGUAGUGACUUGGGAGAAAUACAUGAAGUCAGGGAAUUAAUUUAUCCAGUCACUGAAAUAAACUCAGUGCUACACAGCAUGCUUCACAACUGAUAGUGGUCACCACUUCAAAAAGAUUUACCUGAAACAGUGAAAGACUAUCAAGUACCAUCAAUUUUAGUAUGAAGUCAUUGCAUGGAACCUGUUUAUUAUUAUAAAUUAUUUUUGUAUACAUUUGUCCAUAUGUUAGACAACCUUUAGAUUUGUUUACGUGGUAAAUAGUUAGUUUUUUUCCGAAAAUCCACAUCCUACAAAAUGGCUAUGGUGAGGAAACUGUACGAUCUGGAAAAAUGAGUGCAUUUGCUAGCCCUUCUUACAAAAAAAAUUGUACAUUGUAGGAUGCAAAGGCUUUUCUUUGCCUGCAAAUAUACUGUUUCAGUAAUCACACUUCAACUGUGUUGCGUUUUUCAGGAUUUUCAACUAAAUUGAAGGGGUUUUUGUUUGUUUGUUUGUUUGUUUGUUUGUUUGUUUGUUUAAUAUAGAAUGCUAUAAAGUAAGGAGUUUUGACCUGUGAUUAUGUUGUUGCUAUAGACCUGUUCUAGCACUAAUCUAUUUGGUGCUUAAUUGUGGAUUAAAUGCUGCAUGUCUGCUAAUUUAACCCUGACCUCCUCACACUGUGUAUAACGCAUUCAGAAUUGAGAAUCGAGUGAUGGACUUGAUCUCAUACCUCAAGAAGUAAAGGAUUGUGUGGUAUAAUAAAGGGAAGACUUUUA